AUGACUCGGUUUUGGUCCUCAGACGAGCUUGAAAGAGAACCACUGCUCUCAGUUGCCUCAAGCCAGGUUCAAUCCAAUGCUCUCAGUGAACCAUCCACAAGGGUUGGCACUCCAAGCAGCUCAGGUUUUGCGACUCCCAAAGAGCAGCCUGUAAAACGAACACCACUACCAUGGAAGCAAUUAAUGGUAUUAGCAGCAAUCCGCCUUGCUGAGCCUAUCAACUAUACUAUCAUAUUUCCGUUCAUCAACCAGAUGAUGGAGGAGCUUCAUGUCAGCGACAAACCAAGUGAAAUUGGUUUCUACUCUGGUCUAGUGUGGCCCAGUGCUGCACCAUCCUACAAUGGGGACGGCUGUCUGACCGGCUUGGUCGGAAGCCCAUUCUCUAUGUUGUCUACAUACAGCCGGAGCAUUGUCAGGAAACAUAGCUCGAUGCUAGCUGAGAUUACAGACGCGACAAACGAAGCUCAGGCCAUGCCCCUCCUCUCUGUCACAUGGUCCGCAGGUUGUGUUCUUGGGCCUAUGCUGGGAGGAAGUUUGCUGCAUCCUGCAGAGCGGUGGCCGACAUCCCCUUUCAACAACUUUUGGUUCAGGACCUAUCCAUAUGCUUUGCCAUGUAUGGUUGGCGCAUCAUUUGGACUCUGCGCUCUCCUCUUUGCAUAUACGAGCCUGAAGGAGACACUUGUCCGAAGACGCCUCCCACAUCGUGCAUCAAACUGUUCAACAAGCUCUGCUGACACCAUGGUGGAGAGCAUAGAGCCAAUUCGGACAACAACGACGACGCGUACAAUUCUCUCGCAUCGACCUCUCCGUACCGUCAUUCUCUCAGGCUGCCUCAACUCGGUACUUGCGACCUCUUAUGACGUUCUUUUUGCCUUGAUGUGCUUUUCACCCAUAUCCAUUGGUGGGUUGUCACGCUCCCCGAUCGAGAUUGGUCUCGCAUUUGCGUUUGGAGGUAUCGUCUCUGUGGUCAUGCUUCCGACUACGCUUCCGAUUCUUCAACGCCGAUUUGGAACAUCCAAGUUCUACAAUCUCCUGACAAUGAUAUGGCCCAUCACCUUUCUCACCUUUCCACUUUUGAACAUGCUCGCUCGCAGGCUGUCCAUUGGGGACGAUCCGUCAACCAUCUCACAACACGGCACCUGGGCUCUCUAUAUUGGCAUAGGGAUACUGGUCCUUCUAUCUCGAGUAGUCUGUAUGACCUUCUCGCUAAACGUCAUGCUCGUCAAGGCGGCAGCUCCAAAUAAAGAAAUGCUCGGCAGCACAUACGGGGUCAGCCAAACCCUUGUCUGCGUGGCUCGAGCUAUUGGACCGGCCACUGCAAGGUGA